AUGGAUUUCCUGCUGCUCGGGCUCUGUCUACACUGGCUGCUGAGGAGGCCCUCGGGGGUGGUCUUGUGUUUGCUGGGGGCCUGCUUUCAGAUGCUGCCCGCCGCCCCCAGCGGGUGCCCGCAGCUGUGCCGGUGCGAGGGGCGGCUGCUCUACUGCGAGGCGCUCAACCUCACCGAGGCGCCCCACAACCUGUCCGGCCUGCUGGGCUUGUCCCUGCGCUACAACGGCCUCUCGGAGCUGCGCGCCGGCCAGUUCACGGGGUUAAUGCAGCUCACGUGGCUCUAUCUGGAUCACAAUCACAUCUGCUCGGUGCAGGGGGACGCCUUUCAGAAACUGCGCCGAGUUAAGGAACUCACCCUGAGUUCCAACCAGAUCACCCAGCUGGCCAACACCACCUUCCGGCCCAUGCCCAACCUGCGCAGCGUGGACCUCUCCUACAACAAGCUGCAGGCGCUGGCGCCCGACCUCUUCCACGGGCUGCGGAAGCUCACCACGCUGCACAUGCGGGCCAACGCCAUCCAGUUCGUGCCCGUGCGCAUCUUCCAGGACUGCCGCAGCCUCAAGUUUCUCGACAUCGGAUACAAUCAGCUCAAGAGUCUGGCGCGCAACUCUUUCGCCGGCUUGUUCAAGCUCACCGAGCUGCACUUGGAGCACAACGACUUGGUCAAGGUGAACCUCGCCCACUUCCCGCGCCUCAUCUCCCUGCACUCGCUCUGCCUGAGGAGGAACAAGGUGGCCAUUGUGGUCAGCUCGCUGGACUGGGUGUGGAACCUGGAGAAAAUGGACCUGUCGGGCAACGAGAUCGAGUACAUGGAGCCCCACGUGUUCGAGACCGUGCCGCACCUCCAGUCCCUGCAGCUGGACUCCAACCGCCUCACCUACGUCGAGCCCCGGAUCCUCAGCUCCUGGAAGUCGCUGACCAGCAUCACCCUGGCCGGGAACCUCUGGGACUGCGGGCGCAACGUGUGCGCUCUGGCCUCCUGGCUCAACAACUUCCAGGGACGCUACGAUGGCAACUUGCAGUGCGCCAGCCCCGAGUACGCGCAGGGCGAGGACGUCCUGGACGCCGUGUACGCCUUCCACCUGUGUGACGAGGGGGCCGAGCCCACCAGCGGCCACCUGCUCUCGGCCGUCACCAACCGCAGCGACCUGGGGUCCCCCGCCGGCCCGGCCACCACACUCGCUGACGACAGGGAGGGGCAGCCCGACAGCACGCCCGAGCCUGUCACCGUGGCUCUCCCCGGCGAGCACGCCGAGAAUGCCGUGCAGAUCCACAAGGUGGUCACCGGCACCAUGGCCCUCAUCUUCUCCUUCCUCAUCGUGGUCUUGGUGCUCUAUGUCUCCUGGAAGUGUUUCCCAGCCAGCCUCAGGCAGCUCAGACAGUGCUUUGUCACGCAGCGCAGGAAGCAAAAGCAGAAACAGACCAUGCAUCAGAUGGCUGCCAUGUCUGCCCAGGAAUACUACGUUGAUUACAAACCGAACCACAUUGAGGGAGCCCUGGUCAUCAUCAACGAGUAUGGCUCGUGUACCUGCCACCAGCAGCCCGCGAGAGAAUGCGAGGUGUGAUUGCCCUGGAGACUC